AUGACAGCUCUCGCAGAAUCUCCACCCCAAGAGCCACCACAACCAUCCUCAAGGAGAUCCAUGCUGCCAGAUUCCAACACCAUGCUACCCCGAGUGAGUGAAUCUCCCGAGGUGACGGAGGGUAGCAGCGAUGCGGCUUCGUCAUCAAGCCCACCGUUAUCGACGGAGGAACCAGAAAAGGGGGCAGUUGUUGCCGAACGAGCGCUGAGCCCCUCGAGUGCCUUACAGUUUCCCACCGAUAUUAGCGACGACGAAGUCUGCCAGGAUGCUGCAGCCGUAGUGGCUCAAGUCUUUGCUGCCGCCGCGCCCCAGGUGAAUAACGCCGUAGUGGAAAGUGUCGCUCACUACGUCCAUGCCAGGACGGCUGGAUCCCCCUUCUUUCGGGCCAACCCGGCCAAGGCACUUCCAGUGUUUGAUACAAAUGAAAUCACUUUGGGUAACUUGCUGGGUCAAGGAGAAUUUGGCUCUGUCCGUGAGGUUCAAGAGAUCACGAACAAGGCAGGCCGUGACAGCCUUCCCAGACUGAUGAAAGCAUCCCUGGACUCGGGGGCCUUUUUGAACGAAUCGAGCCAUAUUACUACUGGUCGACGAGGGCACAACCCCAAAUCAGGAAACAUGUCCGCGCCGCUGCUGUCGGUGGGCGAUGCCUCGGGAUACUUUUACGAAGAAGUAGCCGCUUUUGAUCACGACAACAAUAAUAACAGUGGUGACGACGAGCAAGAUGACGCCAAAGGAAAGAAUGAUAGUGAUGAUAACGCAUCCAUUGAAUUGGUUCCAGAUGUCGAGGCGGUUCAACGGGCUCGGAGAGUUUUGAAAAAGAGAUGUUGGCGUGACGGAAAGGCACGUUAUGCGGUCAAGCAACUGCGCAAGGAACUAUUGCAAAAGGUUCUGUUUGAGGAAGCGAGCGGAGACUAUCAGCUUGGUACCAUUGGGGCCAUGGACUUGGCCAUGGAAGCUACGCUCUUGGCCAGCUUGUCUCAUCCCAACAUUUGCAAGUUGCGAGGGACGGCAGGAACGCCCGGAAGCCCCGAGUAUAUGCUCGUUCUGGACCGCCUGUACAUUACUUUGGAUGAUAAAAUCGACGACUGGCGGGAGGAACAGCCCUCACCCAACCGAAUGCGACAACUCAUGGAUUUUGGAGGCGCGGCCAUGAAGCUACCCAAGUUGCACUUUCCCAAAUCCUUCCCCAAAAAGCGAGUUAGCGAAGGUGAUGGUGCCAAUGCAAGACGACCUCGAAACAAGGCAUAUGACAGCAAGUCCAACGUGGAUCUGGUGAUCCGCAAGGGACAGUUGCUACAUCGGCUGUAUGCCGCCUAUGAUGUCGCCCGGGCACUCCGGUAUCUGCACCAAAACAAGAUUGUAUUUCGUGAUCUCAAACCCCAGAACAUUGCUUUUGAUAUUCGAGGUGAUGUUCGCAUUUUUGACUUUGGCCUGGCCAAAGAACUGUUGGAAACGGACUUGGUCAAGUUCCCAGACGACUACAAUGCCACGGGUAUGUGCGGAAGUCGCAGAUGGAUGGCACCGGAAGUUUACUUCUCGGAACCGUAUGGAUUGAGUGCGGACACGUACUCCUUUGGACUGCUUCUUUGGAACUUGUGUUACCUGCGUACACCCUUUGGUGACGGCCUUACCUUGAAGUCGCAUCACAAAAAGGUGAUGGUCAAAGGAGAUCGCCCCAAGCGUCUACGAUCCAAGAUUGUCUCUGAGUCCCUCUGGCAUUUGAUGUCCAUGUGCUGGACUUCGGAGCGAGAAGAGAGACCUUCCUUUGAGAACAUUUGCGAAGCUUUGAGGAACGAUAUUUCGAAUUUGCGAAUCGACAUCCAAACGACGGUCGGUAUGGACGCCACCAACACCACGGCGGCGGAAACAAGCACAUCCUUCCGCAAACGAAACGCGACAACGCCGUCCAGCAGUUCAUCUUCGUUUGGUCGACGACAACUGUUGAGCCGCAGCGGGAGCGUACCAAGGUUCUUCUUUGGUACCAGACAACAUUCUUCUGCCAAGGUCUUGGAGAAUCCAGUCAAUGUGAGCUGGCACCAUCGCGGUCAUGGCAAGGCUGUGACAAGGGCCCGACGAGGUCGCGGCAAGCAAAACCACCAUGGCCGACCGGGCCUGAAAGACUUUCAGCUACGCAACUCUGAUCUGGAGGACAGAUCAGACUACUUGCUGAACAAGUCUUUGCAGUCCAUGGCCAUGCUGCUUUCCUCCAAAAACCUCCGUUCUUCCAAUGCGACCAACGCUCGCUCCUCGAGCAGUUCCAACGUGUAUUCAUCCCACGGUUCCCGCAUGAACCUCUUUGGAUCACACAACCACCACAACAGUCCUGGAGGGCAUGGCCCAGGAACUAGCCAGAUCCGGCUUCCAUUCGGAGAGAGCGUUCACAGUAUGGGCGCUACCGUUUAGAACGAUUUUCUUCACUACACUACAACACACACAAUGCAAUUUUACGCUUCCAUAUUGGUAGAUGAUGCAUCAAUUUAGUUACAGUUUUAUAAUUUAUAAUUGCAGGUUUU